UUAGCCAGCCUCACCUGGGCAUCUUCGCUCCCAUCGCCUCAACACAUAUUCUCAAACCCCGAAGACCCUUCCUCGACGACCUAUCGCAUCCCUACCCUCCACGAGUCCGCCAUCCAAGCUCGUCGUAUCCUCCACCUUACCUCCAUUGGCACCUUGUCAACCAUAUUUCCAUCCUCCCAGCUCCCAUGGCCAACAGAAAACCGACCCUCAGAUGUCGCCGGCGCCCCGAUAGGGCUAAUGGACUAUUUCGCCGACUGCGAGCCUGCGACGGGUAACCCCACCAUCCUCGCCAUCUCUAUCGCAACCUCGUUCAAGAACGUCGCUGCCGGGAGCAACAUCACCUUAUCCCUGCGGUGGGUCCCGCCAUUCUCGCAUUUCAAGCCUCCAGUGCACAUUAGCGCGGCUGCCCUGCCGCGGUUCUCCCUCGUUGGCCACCUCGAGGAGCUGAGUGAGGAGGAGGCGAAGAGCGGGCAUGUCGCUGGGUGCUUCGUGAAGUACCACCCGGACGCACACGCGUGGCUGCCCGGAAAUCGGAUCCACGAGAGCAAGUGGGUGCGGCUGGUCGUGAAGGAAGUCUACUGGAUCGGCGGCUUCGGCGACCGCGCGUACAUUGGAUGGAUACCGUUGAAGGAGUGGCAGAAUGUCACCGCGGAGGAGGUCAAGCAGUGCCGCCUACCCGGCGAGUCGAAGAAGACAGGAGUGUGG